AUGCACUUCACUACUCCUCUCUUUCUUCUGGUUGCUAGCGCGACCGCGUCCCCUCUUCUGGGAAUCAACAUUGGGGGCCUCAGCGUCGGUGUUGCUGUUUCUAGCCGUCUCAUUGAUUUGAGUUUGGCAACCACGUCUUCUUCUGUUGUUGCUACUUCUACUAAGGCAACGACCACCACUCCAACCAAAACCCCGACCACUACUGGAACCUCUCAAUUGACUAUGCCUUCGUCUUUCUCUGCCCCGGUUCAGGGCCAAGGCAUCCUCACUCUUGACAACUUGCCUGCUCUGCCAGCCGUCAUUGACAAAAGUCUUUCCGGAGUUCUUGGCUCUGUUUACGGUCUUCUGUCUGGAGUUUGCAGCACUGAUUUUAAGUGCACUAUCACUGUUGCAGGAUCUAUUCAGUCUCUACUUGUAGAUGGCGACAAGUACACGAUGAAUAGCACUAUUUCAGCGUGGUGCGAGCAGGGUCGGUGCUAUGGCUCUGCUGAUAUCCCCCUUACCGCUACCGCUCCAUUCGUCAUCACUUGCGACCACUUGACUGGAGGCAACAGUGCAUGCUCAGCCACUAUUUCAGGAGCUGCUCAAGCUAUCUUCACUAACGGCAGGCAAACUUUAGAACUCUGGGGAUGGCUCACACCCGCCGGUUACUGCAAGGAUGGUAUUUGUGUUGCUUCCAUUAGCGCUUUUGGUGACCCAAUGUACUAA